CAGCGUUCUAUUAUGGAUGCAGUAAAUUUCACAUGUGAAUGCUCGGCGAAUGCAUCGCUGGCAUCGGGUACCAUCACGUUAUCUGGUCAUGAAGCAUCCAAAACAUUUUGGGAAACGGUUGCUGAGGAAUCAGCGGUAGCGGGUAUGGGAGCGGCAGUCGGGGGAGUUGUUGGACUGCCGAUCGGACUAAUACCUAUCUGCGUUCAGCUCGUCCAACGGUGGCGACCAGAAGACAAACCGCCGAGCAGCAACCAGCUGCGAAUGUAAGAGUGAAGGUAACGUGCGAAGUGCGAACCUUCGUGAGAAGAAUUUAACCAGGUUGGUACGAGUUCGCAACUGGACGAGAAUACACUCUCUUGACCGCCUAAUAAAGCUCAUCAUCAUGGCCACCCUAUACAAAUGCGGAUUUGUUGUCUAGACAACGCACAUCAGUUAUUCUUAAAGACAACUUGCUUGUGAAAAAAUUACCAUACUGUCCCAAUUGAGCUUACCAUACUGCCCGUUAUCUAGAAGCUAGCAGGCAGAAACUGCUCCUUUCUGGAAGAAACUAGGAGUAAUAGAUGAUAGUCCAUUUUUCUAAUCGGAUGUUAUUGGCUGGUAUUCUCUCCCGACCGCUUAAUAAAACUCAUCAUAAUGGCCACCCAGUUUAUUAUGGUUGCGAUAUGGGGAGUCAUUCAGCUCUGUGGAUGUUGCAGUCCAUACCAAAAAGUGGAAUUGGAUGAAAUAAUGGCGGAAGGCCUACGCCGCCAGGUGGACGACCUGGUGGUCUUGCAAUUUGACCAUAAUCGGGAAACUGCCGGAGCGCAGCAGCAGCGACCGGUCCACAGUCAAGAAAUACUGCAGCGGCCAACCUUGGGGAGCAAUGUAACGUUCGGCUGUGACCUGCCGCUCGGCACACCCCGGACGCGGUAGCCUGGCUGCACCAGGACCGUGUCGUCUUCGAACACGGCCAGCCGCGUCCGGUGAGGGACGGCCACGAGUACAGCUUCAGCUCCAUGGACACGAUGCUGCUGUUCCGCAUCAGCAACAUCUCCUUCCUGUCCAGCGGAUCGGUGGCCUGCGUCCACACCAUCGACUCCACCCCCCUCAAACGCUACAUGCUGCGACCGUGGGUCACCCGCGCCAGCCAGGUCUUCCAGACUCCGAUGCCGGAUCAGUGGGUCACCGAAGGCGACACACUGACGAUCCAGUGUGCACUGCGCCUGCCGUUGUCACCGGAAGUGAUCGCAAAUGAUUUCAGGCUGAACCAUAUGAUGUUUCGCCACAAUGGCCGAUUGCUGCGCCAGCCGAUCGAGGCACCCUACGGGGUUGUGCGACCCCACCGUCCGCUCGGCGACUCGCAGAGCAGUGGACCGCUGGAAGUGAAUCGUGUCUUCCGCAGUCCGCUUCUCGUCCAAAUGGUCGUAUCCGAUAUCAAAGCCGGCAGCGGUACCGGUGCGGCGGAAUGCUGGUUCCGGCCGCAUGUCGGUUUGCACGAAUGGAUCGUGCAGAAGGCCAUGAUCAUGGUGAAAUCGCGCCAAACAUGAAUUUAACCAUGCCCAGCAUAUUUAUUUUUCUUUCUUUAUUUAUUUUAUUUUUACUCUCCUUUCUAACAACAGAGUGCCGAACUCUGUCGGGAGCUGUGGAACACUGCACUUGCAAAUGAUACCACGUUGUCAUAAAUAAACGGCAGCUUUUCUGCUGCUGAUUGUACAAGACACAGAUGAUUUGUUAGAUGUACAAGCUUGUCCCGUAAUUUCUAUCACCUUAGCACAGCGACGAAAGUGAUUUCACGGGUUACGCCAAACGCCAUAUUUUGCCGCGCCAUGUCACACUAUUUACGCUUUGCAAUCACUUUGG